AUGAUUCAUUUUUUCUUUUUAAUUGUUAUCAAAUUUAUCUUACGAAUACUUUCAAUUUUAAUUACAUAUAACAAAAUUUAUUUUCAGACGAUGUUCCUUACAUUAACAGAACCACCUGGAACAUUAAAAAACCUUAUUGGAUUCAAUGAUUCAAACACAAUUGAUGAUAAAAACGAAUCAACUGAGGAGGAAUUUGAUAGAGAUUCUCAUGUUGAAGACGAUUUCCCUUGUGAGCCAUGUAUUGAUGUCGCAAUUAUUGCUAACACAUCUCCGACAGAUUUGGAUAGUCUCUCUAGGCAAUGGAAAUAUAACUUUUCAAGACGUCCUACCUGGUACGAUGCUGGUAUGGCAUUGCAUCAGAUUAUCAGAGGGAAAGCUGUUGGCUUUAGGGCGCCGCUCUAUUCGCGCAUAUUUAUUCAGCAUUCCCUAUUUCGUGCCGGUUGUUUUGUUCAAAGGCGAGCCUGGUUCAUAAUUGUUACAUUGAUGACCCUUUUCUCUUUUUGUUGCUUUGGACUUCGUUACGUGAAUGUGGAAACCGACAUUGUUAAAUUAUGGGUUUCUGAGGGUGGACGUUUAAAUGAAGAACUCAAAUUCCUAACUACACUUCAAAAUCGGUCACGUGACACAUACAAAUUGGAUGAAUCUUAUCUUUUAAGAAACUUUGAACGGGAUGAUUCCGAUCCUCGACUUGGUCUUAUACCAGAAGAUGACGCUCCUAUGGCUUCUUAUCAGGUUCUUAUACAAACUGCCGAUCCUAAUUCACGCGAGCAUAACGUUCUCUCUAGAAUCGAUUUGCUUAAGCAUGUUAAUUUGUUAAAGGAAAUUACACAAAUGCGCGUUUUCAAAUUUGGCCGCUAUUGGCGUCUUGAGGAUAUUUGCUUCAAGCCUGGCUCUCUUGAUAUUUCUAACAGUUCAAUUGCACAUGCUUUGAAGCCUACGUUAGAGCGACUCGUUCCUUGUGUCUGGAUUAGUCCUAUUGACUGUUUUUUCGAAGGUGCUAAACCUCUUGGUCCUUCGCCGCCAAUUAAAUUGAAAAAUAUUCCGUUUGGACCACUUCUGAAUAUGUUACUUUCUGACAUGCCUGAUGAGGCUACUUGGGCAAACUUAAAUCCUGAACAAAUAAUACAGCAGGUUGCAGGCACUUUUGAUCUUGGAACUAUCAAUAACUUUUUCUUACGCUCAGGAAUUGGAACUGGAUAUUUACAAAGAACAUGCAUUGAUCCGCUGGAUCCGGACUGCCCUAAAACCGCGCCAAAUUUUUAUAAUUCUUGUGAAGCAAUUUCGCAUCUGGAGCAGAGUUUAUCAAAUCAAAAUUCUACUUUAAGCGAAUUUCUUUUGCCCUUUACCGCCUCCAAGGAUUCUGAAAUAAAUCUUUAUCAACAGACAUCUGCUUUAGACAUUCUGGGAGCGCUAUGUAUUUUUUUAUUUUAUUAAAACAUUUUUCAUUUAAAGUUUUUAACCAACGGUUAAAUGAAAAUAAAACAGAAAAGGGAUUAUCUUCUCGAUCUACCUGUGAGA